UUGUACAAACAAAAUGUUAUCUCCUUCAACGCGUGUGCUGCUCAGUUAGGCUGCUUCCUGGCUUUCAUGACAGCUGAGUGCUUGCUACUGGCCUCCAUGGCCUAUGACCGAUACGUGGCCAUUUGUAACCCACUGCUGUAUAUGGUUGUAAUGUCCCAAGGAAUCUGCCUUCAGCUUGUAGCGGUCCCCUACAGCUAUAGUUUCUUGGUUGCACUAUUUCAUACCAUCCUCACCUUCCGUCUGUCUUAUUGCCAUUCCAACACCAUCAAUCAUUUCUAUUGUGAUGAUAUGCCGCUCCUCAGGCUGACUUGCUCAGACACCCGCUCCAAACAGCUGUGGAUUUUUGCCUGUGCAGGUAUCAUGUUCAUUUCCUCCCUUCUCAUUGUCUUUGUCUCCUACAUGCACAUUAUUUCUGCCAUCCUGAGGAUGCGUUCUGCAGAGGGAAGACGCAAGGCCUUCUCUACGUGUGGCUCCCACAUGCUGGCAGUCACCAUUUUCUACGGGACCCUGAUCUUUAUGUACUUGCAGCCCAGCUCAAACCACUCCCUGGACACAGACAAGAUGGCCUCCGUCUUCUACACCGUGAUCAUCCCCAUGGUGAACCCUUUGAUCUACAGCCUCCGGAACAAGGAGGUGAAGGACGCUCUGAAAAGAGUUGUCAUGAAUACAGAUCAGGCCUUUGUGUUCAUGAAAUUAAAAAAGUAA